AUGACUUCGAGGUCAAUAUCCACCGACAAGUCCCGAGCUUACAGUACUUCGACAUCCUUCAGCCUCACCGUUCUCAUUUCGGGCUCCGGGACCAAUCUCCAAGCUCUGAUCGACGCCUGCGGCCAAGCUCCUCCUUCCAAAGACAAACCAUCUCCCCGACGGUUCCUUCCAAAUGCUGAAAUAUCACAUGUGAUUUGCAACCGUCGCGAAGCCAAGGGCAUUGCUCGCGCCCAAGACGCUCACAUCCCGGUAACAUACCACAACCUGCUAUCGUACAAGAAGAAAUUCCCGGAUACAGAGGCUGGGGUCAACGCUGCCCGGAAUCAGUACGACACCGAUCUAGCCCAGAAGAUCCUCACGCACAUCCCUUGCCCGGACUUGGUGAUCUGUGCGGGCUUCAUGCAUAUCCUGUCCCCAGUGUUCAUCAACGCCUUGGCCUCUGCGAAUGUGCCCAUCAUCAAUCUCCAUCCAGCGUUACCGGGGCACUUCGACGGGGCAGAUGCCAUAGGACGGGCAUACGAGGCAUUUCAAAGGGGGAAGAUCACGAAUACGGGAGUCAUGGUGCACUAUGUGACUGCCGAAGUGGACCGAGGCGCGCCCGUCCUGGUACGGGAGGUGGAGAUGAAAGCUGGGGAGUCGCAGAGUGAUUUGGAGGAGAGGAUACAUCAAACGGAGUGGAAGCUUAUUGUCGAGGCUACAAGCAAAGUCCUGGCAGAUUUGGAAGCGAAACGAAGGCAGGAGAGUUGA